AGGGAGAGAAAGAGAGAGAGAGAGAGAGAGAGAGAGAGGGAGGGAGGGAGGGAGAGAGAGAGAGAGAGAGAGAGAGAGAUGGGGAGCCUGCAGCAAGAAGAACAAGCGAAUGGAAGUGUAAACAACAGCAGAGAUGAGGAGCAUAAGCAGAGUAAACAGAAACCAAAAUGGAAAAAUUUCCUUUCAUAUGUUGGUCCUGGUUUCCUAGUUUCAUUGGCUUACCUUGAUCCUGGAAACUUGGAAACGGAUUUGCAGGCCGGAGCAAACCACAGAUAUGAGUUGCUCUGGAUCAUCCUUGUCGGCCUUAUAUUCGCUCUCAUUAUACAAUCCCUUGCCGCGAAUCUUGGAGUCACAACCGGAAUGCACCUUUCAGAGUUAUGCAGAGCUGAAUAUCCAUUACAUGUCAAAUACUGUUUAUGGUUGCUAGCUGAGGUUGCGGUUAUAGCAGCAGAUAUACCUGAAGUGAUAGGGACAGCCUUUGCGUUGAACAUACUAUUUGAUAUUCCAGUCUGGGCUGGAGUUCUCCUCACUGGUUUCAGCACUCUGUUACUGCUUGGCCUGCAAAGAUACGGGGUGAGAAAGCUGGAGUUGUUGAUCACAGUACUCGUGUUUGUGAUGGCCGCGUGUUUUUUUGGAGAACUGAGCUAUGUAAAGCCUCCUGCAGUAGAUGUAAUAAAAGGAAUGUUCAUCCCAAAACUCAAGGGCCAAGGCGCCACUGGGGAUGCCAUUGCAUUGUUAGGCGCCCUUGUCAUGCCGCAUAAUCUCUUCCUUCACUCGGCUCUUGUACUCUCCAGGAAAAUCCCAGACUCUGUUCAGGGCAUCAAUGAUGCCUGCAAAUACUUUCUGAUUGAGAGCGGAUUUGCACUAGCGGUUGCCUUUUUAAUUAACGUGUCCAUUAUAUCAGUUUCGGGUACUGUUUGCUCAAGCAACAGCCUCUCAGCUAUUGACGUAGAUAGAUGCAGUGAUCUAACCCUUAAUUCAGCUUCUUUCCUUCUCAAGAAUGUGUUGGGGAAAUCCAGUUCUACUGUGUAUGCCAUUGCUUUACUAGCAUCAGGACAAAGCUCCACCAUUACAGGAACUUAUGCCGGACAAUAUAUUAUGCAGGGGUUUUUGGAUCUCAAAAUGCGGACUUGGGCUAGAAAUUUGUUGACAAGAUGCAUCGCCAUAACGCCUAGUCUAAUCGUCUCAAUCAUCGGUGGAACUUCUGGGGCUGGCAGACUCAUUAUAAUUGCAUCUAUGAUAUUGUCAUUUGAGCUUCCAUUCGCGCUCAUUCCACUCCUUAAGUUCAGUAGCAGUGCUACCAAGAUGGGUCCACAUAAGAACUCAAUAUAUAUUAUAGUGAUUUCAUGGAUACUAGGACUUGGAAUCAUCGGCAUCAACAUCUAUUAUCUGACAACAACAUUCAUUAAUUGGAUACUUCACAAUGGCUUGCACAUUAUUGCAAAUGUCUUCAUAGGUAUAGUUGUGUUCCCCUUGAUGGCCGUCUACAUUAUAUCAGUUAUUUAUCUUAUGUUCCGGAAAGACGUUGCCAUUACCUUUGUUGAAAAAACAAAGCUUGACAAUGUGGUUCAAACACGUAUGGAAACCGGAGAUAGAGAUACUGAAAUGAUUGAUCAAGUUCCUUACAGAGAAGAUCUUGCCGAUAUUCCAUUGCCUAGAUAGAGGGGGUGUAAUAAUAGCAUAAAUGCCGUCACGUCCUGCACAUGUAUUAUAUUUGUGACACUAUGAAUAUUCAUGGAGCUAGUUAGAUAGUUAUAUGCAAUCCAAUGAACAAGAUCCAUGUAUUUUUUAUGAUAAUGCAGGGUCUCUUUUGAGUAAAA